AUGAUCGUCCUCAUCAUCAUCGCGUGCAUCACCACUGCAGCUGCGACCAACUCCACCAAAGAUGCCACGACAGACUCACCAACCAACACCACCAAAGAGAUCCUCAAAGCUAGUGAAACAGCUGACCCUAAAAAGGUCCAAAUUGUGAAACAAAUACGACGCUUGAAUGAAGAUGGUUCGUACACUAUAGGCUACGAGGCUGACGACGGCACUUUUAAGAUAGAAAACAAGGAUGUGCUUGGAAACGUUAAAGGAACUUUUGGUUACAUCGACCAGGAUGGCGAGAUCAAACGUGUGACAUAUACUUCUUCCAGUGAUAGUACGCCGGUUCCAGUUACCACCAGUACGACUCCAAGUACGCCGUCUAUGAUUGUGCGGGUGAAUAAAACAGUGUCAUCAACUACUAGACGACCAUUACCUACGGUUGUGUAUCCAACGAGAGGAUCAUAUACCACGCGAGGGACAGUGAUACAACCCAUACCGCGGAGACGAGUUCACGCCAGUUCCUCUCGGGCCCCACUUGCUGAAACCACAACAGAAACUCAGAAGCUUGAAGAAACGACAACAAACAUCUUGAGUUUGUACAAACCGAAAGUCGACGAUGUGAAAACCCGGACACAGAUUUUAAAACCGAUGUCGGCGACUGUGAGAGAUGACUUGAUUACAAGACAAACGACUACGAAAAUUCCCGCGACAGUGAAGCCUGUGUAUGAGCGUGUUACUGAGAAAGAUCAAGAGAGUGAUGCAAACAAAGCUAACACUAUCCGUCGCGAGUUAAGUGGAACCAGCUCCAACCCUCGCAUGGUCAGCUUACAGCAAUCAGUGGGGGAUGAUUCAACAGACGUUUAUGGAAGCCACUUAUCUAUGGGAACAGUUCGGCCCUUGUUCACAACUACAACUCCUCGACCUAGAUUAGUGCCUAUACAUUCAUUAGUGGCUGCUAGACAGAAAAUACAGCAGCAAUAUCAAGACGUGCCUAUCCAAGAGCAAGAAACUACUAUUGAAGCUAGUACAGGCCGAGUUUUUGAUCAAGAUCAUGUUCUAACUACAAACGCAGUGCCAGUAGUUCACAUUCAGCCUCAACGUGAUCCUGAUGACCAAGUGUACCAGCAACCUAUCUACCGACGCCCACCAGCAGCUGUGCAUUUCCGAACGCGAGAAUAUUUGAGAGACAACCCCGGAGCGCCUGUGCCUAUUGGGAAUACGCGACCCUUUAUCCAAUACGAAUUUCAGAACAAAGUAUUGGAGCCUCAGUAUGUGAAGGAGGCGCCGCAGCACCAACAACACCAGCCGAGACCUCAACCGACUGCCGAAGUGACAUCCCAGCCUUACGAUGUGAGACCAGUGACGAGAAUCAUACCGAUUCCCGUGGACGACCGAGGUGUGCCUCUCCAAGGUUAUCAAGGACGCUUUGUGAAUCCGUACCAGCGCCCUGCCCUCUUCCAGCCGCGGUACGACCCUGUGGACGAAAUGACCUCCAUCGCCGCCCCCGUGAGUACCAGAGAUUUGCGUCGCUUGCUUCACAUUCUGAUACUACGGCAGAAUAAGUUGCAAGUGUUGAUGGACCAGAUGAUGCCUGGGCCGUCUCUGUACCGUCCGGAGACCGAUUACCGAUACCAGCGCUACCAGGACGAUGAUCGCUACGAUUACCGAUACGAUCAGUACAGGCAGGAGUAUCAGAACCAGGGUUACGAGAAUCAGUAUGAGAGCCAGCGGUAUGUCCCCCGCAGGAGGCUAUACCCUCGGCCGUACGAUACAGCAGGCUCCUCCUCUAACCAUAUCGAAGAGAUGCCGGAGUUCCUCCCACCUGAAAUAAGAGAGGCUUUGUUGUUGAAGAUGCUGAUUCUGGCCAUCAGUCCUGACUUCAUGCCCACGGUGGCGCCCCCUACCGAGCUGACGACGGCUGCUCCGCCCAGGAAACAAGUGAGGAAUGUCCAGAUCCUGGGUGAAGAGGGCGCCAUGGAUGACAAGCGCCAGAGACACUGA